ACUGCGGAAGAUGGCGAGCGCGCGCUGGGGAUGUUUCAGGGAUGGUGCUGGCAGGGGCGCGUACUGGAAGUGAGGAAGGACAGAGUGGGCGAGGAACUGCUAGCAGCAGGAAUAGACAGCGUACAGCCGAGCCCGAUGGCGCUAUCCGCAGUACCGUCGCCGGGCCCGCUGAGUCGCUUCGGCUCUGGCGUUGAGGCCGACGACGUGCUCAUGGGCGUGCAGGCAUUCGCGGCAACAAAUUCAUCAGGCACGUCGUCAAUGUCGGGAACGGGGGUGGGCACGCCGGCGGUCAGCCGGAAUUUGUUCGUGGGGAAUCUACCGUUCCAUAUACAAUGGCAAGACCUAAAAGACCUGUUCCGCCAAGCGGGUGCGGUUUCGCGCGCAGACGUUGCACUCGGGGCGGACGGUCGUUCGCGCGGAUUCGGCACGGUCAGCUUUUCCAACGAGGCCGAUGCAGAGCGGGCCGUGCGCAUGUUUAACGGGUAUGACUACAAUGGACGGCCACUCAAGGUCCACUUUGACAAAUUCUCCGCCCCGGCAACGAGCGCUGCGCUCGCCGUAGCGGUGCCCUCACCUCACUCGCUCUCAACGCCACAAUCGCCCUUCCCCCAUCCACAUGCGUACUCGGUGCAUGGCCGGCCGGUCCCGCUCGCGCAGCAGAUACUGCAGCGGAGCCACUCGGAUUUGGUGCAUUAUCGGACGGGGUAUGAGGGUGUGCAAGCAGCAGGUGCGGGUGAUGGAGCGCCGGGGAUGCGGCAGAGUCCUGUUGAUGCGGAGUUUGCAGCGGUGCAUAUGCAGGCGCGGUUUGUGCAGCUGCAGGGGCCGGCGGUGGGUUUUGAGGGGUUGCGGGUGGGGCAGGAACAGCAGCAACAACAACAACAGCAGCAACAGCAACAUCCCUACCAGGCAAUGCAGCCGAUGCCGGAACCGUAUCCGCAACAUCAACAUCAACACCAACACCAACAACAACAUCAACAACAGCACCCAACGCACAUCGCGAUGCCGUUUCCCCCGCCGUACACGUUCGAGUUCCUCAGCUCGGGCCCGAACUCGCCGUACGACAUUUACGAUAUGAGCGCGGGCGCGGGCGCGGGCUUUGGGUGGGGCCCGGGUGGGGGCGGGGCGCGAUAUGAUUUUGGGCCGAGCGCGGAGCAGGCGCAGGCGUUGCAGCCGAGUGCGUCGGGUUUUAGUACGUUGGCGAAUGCGUCGGGGAGUGAGGAGCAGGUUGCGGGGAUGAUUGGUUUGGGAGGGGAGAGGAGCGCGGUGGAGGCGGCGGUUAUUAGGGAGAGGGAUGCUGUGGCUGGGGAGGGGGAGAGGGAGAGGGAAGAGGAAGUGUAUCGGAUGCCGCAGCAGCCAUCGUCACAAACGCAACCUCGACUUCAAGAGCAGACGACGACGACUUCACCAGAAUCGAACCAGCCACAUUCAAAUUCUGCACACGCGCAUCCCGCGCACCCAGGGCCGAUCGCGCUCCCGCCACCGCCGCCCGCGUCGGCGUUCCCGGUACCGCCGCCACACACGCUCUCGCCGCACUUUUUCUCGCCCGCGAGUCCGCUGCAUCACCCGGCGCACGCGCUCAUGAUGGGAAUGGGCGUCGCGAUGACGCCGCAUGGACUUCCGCCGAUUACGCCGAGUAUGCCGAGUUUUACGUUCCUACCACAGCCGUCGCCCGCCUCUGGCUCUGCCUCCGCAGGUGCCCCCGCCGCCCCCUCCUCCGCGUCUGCGUCUGCGUCUGCGUCUGUGCAAGGCGAACAGGGCCCUGCGCCGCGCGCGAUGAUGCACGUCAUGUCGCCCUAUACGCCGUUCUCGCCGGGGGUGACGAUGUCGCCUGGUGCGCUGUGGGGACAUCCGGGGAGCGGGGCUGUGAAUCCGUUUUUGAACCCUGCGGUGGGGGCGCCGGUGCAUGGGCAUGCGGGGAGUCCGGGUGGGUAUGGGUAUUAUUGGGCGGCGCAGGGGAGUGGGAGUGGGGAACCGCAGGGGUAUUUCCCGCCUGUGCCGGUGUCGAUGGCGAUGGCACAGGGGCAGGGGCAGGGGCAGGAGUACUUUCCGCCGGUGUUGCCGAGUGCGAAUGGGAAUGCAAACGCGCGCUCGAGUGGGCUGGCGAACGAGCUGCAUGCGGAUAGUGGGGAGAGUGCUAGUAGCGCGAGUGCUACGGGGGUGCCCGUGGUGGGGGUGCAGCGUGCGGGGUCGGAUCCUGGCGAGAUGGCGCGUGUGGGAUUGGGGAUUGGGGUUCCGGAGAGGGGGUCGCGGUGAUGGUGCUGGUAUAUAUAUACGUGUUUUUGGAUUGAAAUUGAAGGGCGGAUAGUGUCGGGUUUUUGUGGUUGUGGUUCGGUACAAUGUCGACCUCGAUCUCGGUUUCUCGUCGGUUUUCUUGCUCGAUACUACUACAUUUGGACUGUUGUGCUAUAGCUAGCUACUACACUUGGCAUUCGCAUACCGUACAUACAUACCGUAGACAUGUUUAUCCCCCUCCUCCCUAGCUUUGCGUUCGAUGUGUUGUUAUCCUUUGCACAUGGACAUGGUGGCUCACUUGCUUAGCGUUACGUUGGUGGUUUGCAAAGAAACGGAUUUUUUUCGGGGGUCUGUGAGGCGGCUGAGGCUAAAAUAUACGGACUGGAAUUUGGAGUGUUAGGAGGGCUAGUCACUGAUUUCAGUACCGUUACACGAGUCAAUACACGUUACAUAGAACGUCGUUGAAGGCGAACUCGUUCGUCCGAUACAAUUGCAAUAGUUUCGCG